AUGUAUCUUGAAAGUACCUCUGUGACUCCUGUAAUCUCAGAGUAUAGCUCCAGUUGUUCGCGUAAUAUGCUAACAACCACUAGUAGAAACACCGAAUUGGAUUCAGUGCGUAAAGACUUCUCUCAGCAACAAAUGAACUCGAUGAAGGCAGAUGAUUUAGUAGAAAUGUUAUUGGAAACAACUGUUCUUGAGGAACAAGCUUCGAUAGUGCACUGCUUAUGGAUGAAUCAGUGA